AUGGCCGAUUCCGGUGGCAGGCAAUAUCAAAAUUACCCUCCCGGAUGGGAUUAAUAUGACCAGACGACCGGAAAUUGUUACUACAUAAACUACAUAACCAAAGCGAUGCAACUUGAAGAUCCACGUUCCACACGUUAUCGCCCUUUACAAAAUGAACGGUGCUCCAAUGAAUCUAUAGCCAUGCAUUCUUUCCAUGGACCAGGCGGUUCGCCAUAUCAUGUCUAUCCAACUAAUAAUAUGCCUGCAAUGCGAGCCUUCCAAACACCAAAUUCUAGUCUUCAUCAUAUGUCUACCAGUCCACUGUUGACAUCUUCCAGAACACAAUUGAUCAAUGAUAUGUCUCCAAUACCCGCUCCCAAAACCCAAUUUGCUCAAGCUCCUCGUACAGUCAAUAUGUCGAGACGUUCUACCAUACAGGAAACAUCUUUUACAAAUCAAAUUGAUACCGAUGCGGUGGUUCAUAAAAUACAAAAUAUGUUUCCAACAGCUAGUGAAAAUCAUAUACGAUUACUUCUGAAAAAAUAUAUGAAAACUAUAUUCCCCAAAGCCGAUGAAACUUUAUUACUGGAUGUUUUAGCAAAUGCCGAUAAUAAUGUACAAAAGGCUUCGGAAAAAUUGAUUUCAUUAGGUUAUAUAAAAAAAGAUUUUGCUCCUCCACCAAAACUUACCAAUCGACCACAUAAUGAAAUGAACGGUGGUGUUAAACCAACAAUUGAAGAUGAAAUUAAAAUUAUACCAUUACGUCCGAAAGAGUAUACUGAGGAAGAAAAAGAGGCCAUCAAACUUCAUCUUAAGGAAAAAUAUCCACAAAUAGUUGAUCAUAUAUUGGUAAUGGCUUUGGAAUCGGUUAACUAUGCUGAAGAUCGGGCUAUGCAAAUAUUACAAAUAGUUAAGGAGGAGGAAGAACAGCAAAAACUCCAAAAGACCCCAAAGCUAGCACACACAACAACUUUGGAAUAUAAACAAGAGGAACUUGACGGCUUAGGCAAUAUAUCGGGUCGUGUUAGUAGGCACUCACAUCGAGAUCAAACAGAUGCCGCCACAGACAAACUAUGUAAGGAUUUCAAAUCUUUAAUGGGUCGUAUACAGACAAAUGGUCCCAAUGCCAGUUUAGCAAAAGGAGCAAAUGAAGGUUUAUUGUUAGCCGAUUAUGUCACCUGGAAUGGUGCAAAUCCUGACUUUUGUCAAGGUCAAAGAAAUCUUGCCAAUGGCGCCGAUUCUACCAUGCGCACGGAACGUGCUUAUAAAGCCUAUGGUCAUAAUGCAGAUUUAUGUAAAGGACCUCAAUCAAGUUUGGCCAAGGGUAGUAUUUAUACGCAACAAAAUCCUGCUAACGCCAAUAAAUCAAUCGAUAUUAUAUGCAAUUAGUUUUUUAAUUGUAACAUAAACGAAUUUAUGUAUAAUUUUUUCUUUCCAAAAAAAUAAUAU